AAAAAUUUUAAUAAUUUAUUUUGUUACAAAAGCUUGAAAGCUAAUAAAUAGAUAGAUAGAUAGUUAAUCCAUUUUAAAUAAAAGAUUAAGAAAUAAAAGUUAGUCUCUAUUUAAAAUAAAAUGAACAAUUAAAUCAACUACUAAUAGAUACAUAACUUUCACCUAAAUCUACAAGGCAUAUAGCCAUAGAAAAUACCAGGCUAAAUUUAGGUCUUAUCUCCAAAAUCAAACUAUGCUAGUCCUCCUCAAUAUUUAAUUUAAAGUAUUAAUCAUACUGGAAUUUAGAUCAACUAAGGCAUUGAAAACAGUCCUUCUAAUAGAUUCUUAUCAAAUACAGCAAAGGUGCUUAAAAGCUAAACAAUAGAUUUCAAGUAGAUGAUGGUCAAAUAGCAUUAACAGAGUUUAGCAAACCACAAUUAUGCGAAUAGAUAAAUAAUCGAAGUUAAAAAAAAUUAAAAUGAAGUAGUUUCGUUUUAACCUUAGAAAUAUUAAACCUUGUAAAAGCCUGCAACUCCUACUGCUAUAUCCAGCUCUCCAAGCCAAGGUUUUGCUUAAACAUAUUAAAAUUAUUAAAGAAGUAAUAGUGCAAACUAUGCAGCAUAGCAAAAUGGUGUUUAAUAUGAUUAGAGAGUUUAAUAGCCAAUAUUUAUUAAGUUUAUAAGUAAUGAUAAUGCUUAAAAUAAUCCAAUUGAAUAGAAUGCUUAGCCUAAUCCAGUAUAAAGUAGUAAUCUAUCAUCUCUUCCUUUGUCACCCACUUAAAUAAAGUAGAAAUAGAAAUGCAUGACUUAUAUAAUUUAAUAAAAUAAUUAGCCUUAAACAUUUGGUUAUAUAGAGAGGAGGAGGAGUGUUGAGGAGAAAGGUAAUGCAUAAGAUAUUUAAAAAGCAAUUAUAAGGUAUUCUGAUAGUUUCCGCCACAAAUUUUCUGACUCAAUAUAAUCUAAUAACACUACUGCUAACCCAAUAACAACAGCAGUAUCAGUAAAGUCAAAUUAUUCUCCUUUAUAAUAAUUCGAUAGUAUUGAUAAUAAUAAAAAUACCUAAAAUAAUUUGAUCAAUAACUCACUUUAACUUGAGGGAAGCGAAUAAAACAAUUAAAAUAUAUAAUUUAUUUAGGAAUAAUAAAUAGCAAAGAACUCCUUCAGGUCUAUUUAGUAAACAAGCAAUAAUGAAGAAAUUGUCGCAAUUGAUGAUUAUUAAAUAUAUAGUAGUCGUAACUCUGAAGAGGGAAGUAAGUCACAAAGAAUUCAUGAAACAUCAUAAUAAGAUCUUAAUAAAAAUAUCUCUAAAAUUAUGAAUAUUUAUUAUUUUAAAAAUUAAUCUGAUGUUAUUGAUAAUCAAAGAAGUAAUCAUGAGUAAGAAGUAGUUUAAAAUCCCCAAAUAAACCAAGGAAGUGAAAGCAGCAAAUUAUUAAAAAAUAAUUCAUUGAACGAUUCCAGGAUAAAAGCCUAAAAAGAAUACUCAACUAUUACUGAAGAAGCUAAGAAUUAGGUUUCACUUUCAUAAAAAAGCUCUCCUCAAUCGUAGGCAUAACAGAUUAAAGGAACAUUAAAUUAAAAUACCUCCAAAAAUAGUUAGGUAUAAAAAAGUAGAAAAAGUUUAAGUAGUGUGUAUUAAAGCAAAAGCAAAAUUAAUUAAAUUGCAGAUGAUAAAUUAGGUUUGAUUUCAUCAUCUGCACACAAGAAUAAUAACAAAACUAAUUUAUAAUCUCAAAAAUCAGACAGUAAAACUAAUAGUCAUCAUUAAAAAUCAUAAAAAAGCAUUUAGCAUCAUCAAAGUAAUGAAAAAAUAGUAAAUAGCUAAAAACUAUUGAAACAAAAUUCUCGCUCAUCUUCCACACAAAUAAUUAAUGGGGCUUCCUAGUCGUAAAAGCACUUCUAGCUUUAUGACAAUGAUUCAGACAAUAAAAAACCUUCAUAAAAAACAUAGUAACUAUCAGAUAAUCAAAAGUUAAAAUAAAAUCAAUCUAAUUCAUAAAAAAAUUCUACGUAAAAAAUGUAAACUUAGUAAUAAAAUAAUUCUUCUUAACGUUAGAUUACUUUCCCUGAGAGUCCAAUAAGUGUAACUAAUUAAAUUGAUAGCUCUUGUGGAUUUGGAUCUGAAAUUACUUACACAGAGGAUUAAAUUAACGAGCUUUCAAAUAGAGUUUUAAUGAUGAAAGGAAAUAAUCCAAUUCCAUUAAUAGUUAACCACAAUUAAAUUUGCUAUGAUUUAUCUCAAUAGACAUCAAAAAAUAAACCAAGCAGUUUUUCUGAAAACAUUUAAAAUAAAGAUCAAUAAAAUCAUUUAGUAAAUGAAAAAAAUUUCAAAAAAAAAGAAUAAACUAAAGCAAGUCCUUAUAAUUUGCAAUAAAAAAUAGAUUAUCAGAAUUAUAUUGAAGAUGUAGUUUUUUCAAAUAAGAUAGAACAAAAGUUAUUGCUAGAAAAGAAUAACACAGAGGAAAAUAAACAAUAAAAAAAUUCUGCUUAAUAUGAUGAAGAUGAUGACUGUGAAGCUAAUCCAGAUUUUAUUAAUCUAUACAAAACACCAGCAAAACCAAAUAGUUGCAGCUUAAAGGAAGCUCAGUAUACAAAUCAGAUAUAAAAUUUAAAAGAUAAAAGCUAUUCAGCAGGAUAGGUCUUAGAUUUAAGAAAGAAUUCAAGCUAAAAUGAAUAACAAUAAUAGGAAUAAAAUAACUAAGAAAAGCAGAUUAAUACUGAGGCAAGUAAAAAUAGUAACAACAAAAAUGUUAUUUAAAAUAAGAUGCAGGAUUAAGAAAAUAAGGAUAAAAUAUAAAUUGAAGGUAAAAGUUUAAGCGAUAAAAUUUAGCAAGUGGAUGAUAAACAAAAAAUAGAAAAUUUGAGAGAAUUUGAUAAUAAUAAUGGAGAUGAAUCGCCUUUUAUUGUUGAAAUGAAAAAAUAGCACUAAAAAAUUAUUGAAGAAUUCAGCAUAAAACCUAUUUUUGCUCUUGAUAGCAAGGAAGAUUUAAACAAAUUUAGUAAAGAGUCAUCAUAAAACUCUUCUGAUGCUAAAUAUUCACAUGUCUCUAAAAGUGACAUUAAAAAGCAUAAAAGAGACAUAGAAUCUGUUCAAUCUAUUAAUGAAUUAUUAAAUUUUAUGGGAGGUAUUUAAUAAUCAUCAAAUACUGAUUUUAUAGUACCAGGAAGUAGUGUUUCUAAAUAAAAUUUAAGUUAAAUAUUUGAUGAAAAUAGUAAUUUACCAAGUAAUGUAUGCUCUUUGUAAAUAAUAUAAGAAUAACAAAUGACUGAGUAAGUGAAGAAUAGCUAAAAGCAAUAAAUUCAGAAUAAAUAAAUAAAAGAUUUAAAAGUGAACUAAAAAGGUACUAAUCAGACAAAUCAAUUAAAUUCAAAACAUAUGUCUCAUAUUUAAACCAAAUUAACAGCACAAUAAAAAAAUUUUAUAGCAGUCUAGCAAAAGCAAUAAAAGAAAAGCUAAACAACCUAUAAAAGGUAAGACUCUCCAAACCAAGUAGUAAUUUAAUUAAAAGGCAGUAACAGCUAGACUUAAGGAAUUAAAAUUUAAGACUUAUAUAUAGGAUAGUAUUCCUCGAAAUCUUUACAUCAAUAAAAGGAAUUAAAAGGUGAAGCAACUUAAAACUCUCAAUAAUUUUUAUAAAAGCAAAGAACUUAAGAAAGAAAAAGCAGUCUAAUAAAACCUGAUAAUCCUUAGAUAAAUUAAAACAAAAACUAAAAUGUAAUUAAUCUUUAAAAGCUAAAUUAACAUACAUAACAAUUAGAAAAGAUAAUAUAGUCAGCAGGAAAUAACAUAAUUACAUUAGCACAAGAUAGUAAAUUUUCCAAUUCUAGUAGUAAAGAGGCUUUGAGAUAAUCAAAUAACUCAUAAAAAAUGGCUAAAAAAUUUGAUAGCAAGUCAAUAAAUAAUUUGACAAAAAAUAAUAGUUUAACUUUGACUUAAGAUACUUCAAAUGUAAACUCAAAUAACAUGAAUAGUGUAUAUAGCACAUAACAAACUUUUCUAAAAAAGAGCACCUCUAAUACCUAAAAAUAAAAUAAUUAAAAUAACUACAUAAAUUUAACAAACAAAUCAAGUGAUGGAGGACACAUAGUCAUGUACUAAAUAAACUCAAAAAAACAAUGA